AAAAAAAAAAAAAAAAAAUCCCCCUCCACAACCGAGCUUCAUCCCUGUGCGAGAUGAAAAAUUGGGAAAAAUGACAAGGGAGCACGGGCUCUCCUUCAUUCCUCUGCUUCCAAUGCGCCCUCCCGCAUUAAUCGACGACCGCCCGCUGCCGAUUUCUUUAGUGGUUCGCCCUGCCUGCCAACCUCAGCGGUCGCAACCCCUUUCUCUCCAUGCUCUCUCGGCCGCGCCAACCAGCCGCACCGCCGCCUGUUAGUUUGGUGGCUCGUCCCGCAGGCAAUCAUCAGCAGUCACCGCCAGGAGCCAUUGCCACCAAGUCCCUCCUCCUGUCGUCGAAGAGCAGCCUCUCCCUUUCCCAGCAGGAUCGGCAAUCCAAAUCUGACGAAUUAGGUUACCUAAGGCUGGAGUAUCAGGGGUGCAUGGCAUUUAGCCCAUCCUGUCACCGUGAGAGGGAGUCAAGUACUGGAAAGACGACUUGGAGUUCUCAAGGUUGGAGAAGGCACUUACCUGGGAAAUGUUCUAAUCGGAGCUGAUCUCAACCUGGUUCUUGUUCUCUUACCCGUAUCUGGUGUUAAAGAACCUUGCUGGCCCCAACGUAGUGUCUUACAACAGUCUGAUUUCAGGAUAUGGACCAGCUGGAUAUGCUUUGUUUGUGGCAGUAUAUGCAGCAUUGGAGGUACGAAAUAUGAAGCGAAAUAUUGGUCUAUUUUCCGGGUUCAUUUGGACCGGUAAUGAGGAAAAACAGAAGUCAAAAGUUAAGGAGAAGCUUGACAAGUGCGUAAAGGAAAAGCUUAUAGAUUUUUGUGAUGUGCUCAAUAUUCAAGUAACUAAAGCCACAGUGAUAAAGGUCAGUUGUGAUUGGUAAUGUUAUUGCUUUCUUUUGGGUACCUAUAAAUUCGUUGGUUGUCUGGAAAUGUUUUCAGGUAGAACUCACUGUAAGAAUCAAGGACUUCUUGGAAUCCCCAUAUGCUACAACUGAUGUUUUGCUCGCUGAUAAGGAACAGAGAGGUAAGAAGCGAAGGUCGAUCACUGGGAAGAAUUCAAGCCCUGGUGAAGCAUCAGCUAAGUUGGAUAGUAACUGGAAACAUGGGGGGUGCGGACAAGGGAAGUGAAUCAACUAAUGGCCUCAAUGGGAAUUCUUCGAAGAAUACAAUGGAGAAUACCGAGAAGGUUGAGAAUCUGAUUAGAGAGGUUUAUGAGGGAGUGACGGUGAUGUUCAGAAAAACUGAUAGGCGUUUCGAUGACCUAGCCAAUGACUUAUUGGAUCUGACAGGGAGGAAUUAUGAGCAUUGUAAGCUUCUGAGAGAGACGACUGAAGCGGUUGAAGCGGAAGUUACAGAACUUAGGGGUACCCUGAGUGAUGAGGUUGCUGAUCUGUCUAAACAGGUUCGUUGCGUGAACAAUGCAAUCAAAAACCUGAAGACAGAUCUGCUGGAUGCAGUGAGGACCGAGGUUCAGAAGUUCAUUGAGACAAAGAAGGAACGCCAGUAUGUCGACUUGACUUUAGAAUCAGACGGGGGAAAUAGCAAACCUGUACGCCGUGCACGUGCAAGUGCUCGUUCCGUGGGUGGAAAAUUGAAGGUGCCAGCGUUUCCGGAUAUUACCAAACCCAAGAAAAAGACUACAAAAUGUAGAGCUGGGCCUUUCACAGUGGGGAUUCAUGUCAGUCCCGAGGACAGCAUGUUAGUGGAUUAUGUAUUCCGUACCGGCAAAGAGGGAGGUGAUGAGAAGAUCGCCAUGAUAAUUUGCACCUUUCUAACUAGGGAGGAUAUUUUGACCCUUGCACCUAAAUCUCCACUGAGCACGUUGAUUCUGGACACUGUUGUCGAAAAGUUGACAUGGGAAGACAGGGACAAACCAAAAAGGGAAUGCGCCUUUCUGCCCGUUACAUUUGCGGCGAAAGCUUCUGGAAAUAGAGACGACCUACGAAGCUUCAUCAGCUUAGAGCACUUGAAAACGCUAUACUGUACUGACAUUCGUGACUGCGAGGCGAUAUUCAUUCCCAUAUACAUGGGGAACCAUUUCUUGCUGUGCGUGGUAAACCUGAAGAAGCAACAGUACUGUCUUUGGGACUCGCUACCGUCAUGCAUGAAGGAGACAGAAAUUAAUCAAAAGCUGGUGGACAUUAUGGGAGCCUUGGAUGUAUUAUUUUUUGAUGACGGCGCUGCCUGGUUCCAUGACGUUAGCUCAUUUCUGGCUUUUGAGUUCAACCCAACAAAUGAUGCUCCCCGCCAACCCAAUACGUGGGAUUGUGGUAUGUUUGUGAUUAAUUGGAUGAAAUGUGGCCGCUCCUUGAACAAAAAGACAGCAAAGUGCAUGGGGAAACGGUUCAAUAGUGAGGAUGAACGUUUGAAGUUGGUGCUGGAACUGAUCGAUUGCACCCAGAAUGAGAAGACAGCCUUACUUCACAAAGCAAGAGAACUGGUCGCAUGAAUAAGCUUUACUGGAUGAAUUGAGGCGAAUGAGAUGUUUAUCAAUAUUUUGUUGUGUUUAAACAAUUGGCUUGGUUUUAUUUUUGGAGGAUUUUCUGCAUGUUGUUGGGAUUAUUAGUUCUAUUCCGUGGAUUGGAAUCUCUUGUUCAUUUCGUUAUGUUGUUGGGGAUUAGUGUUCCAAGUUAUGAGGCUUUAGUACUUUGCUUAGACGGCUGGGUUUAAGCUGAAUGAUAUUGCCCAUGGAUAUUUUAAUGCGAUUUGAUGAAACUAAAGAGCUAUCUUCUCUUCUUUUCA